UAAUGGCUGCCGAUCUGCAACCCGGGCCAAUGAUUGACAGUGUAGAGAAAAGCGAACCGGACAGACAACUGCGAGUGCAAUGGAAUGACGGCUCGGAAUUUUCAUAUCCCUACGUAUGGCUUCGCGACAACUGUCUCUGUCCGUCGUGCUAUCACGCACAGGGCAAGCAACGCCUCCUCACAAUGGCUGAACUGGAUAUUGACGUCCAACCAUCGACUAUAUCAAUGUCGACUGACCGCAAGGGAGUAACCGUUGACUGGUCCGAUGGCCACCAGAGCACCUUUUCAACGGACUGGAUGGUACAGCUGCACAAGUCGUCAUUUGUCGAUGGUGCGAAGGAGAAGACGUCACGGCACGUGUGGGGCUCAGAACUCCAGGGCAAUAUACCGACAUUUGCGUUCGAAGAUCUACUAAAAAAUGACGCGAUUUUAUUAGAAUGGCUUGAAACAUUGCGAGAUACUGGUCUGGUAGUGACAAACAAAAUGCCCUUGUGCAUAGGUCAAGUGAAGCUACUGGGUGAUCGCAUUGGAUAUCUACGCCAAACAACCUUUGGUUUUGAUUUUCCUAUAAAGAGUCGUUACGAUGACAACCACGUGGCAUAUAGUGGCAAGGCUCUUCCUCUUCACACCGACUUGCCACAUUUCAAGUAUACACCGGGGACUCUUAUGCUGCAUUGCGUUAAGCAAUGCAGCGGAAAAGGCGGUGAAAGUCAUUUCUCAGAUGGCUUCAACGCGGCUUAUCAACUACGAGAUGAAGAUCCAGAAGCCUUUGAAGUUCUCUCAAACACACCAAUAGAUUUCAUAGAUAUUGGAUACGACACCUUUCAAUUUUACACCAAAUAUGGCAGGCCUGUUUUCAGUUUUGACUACAAGGGAAAUUUGGAACGGAUACAUUAUAACAACGGAACACGUGAUAUGAGACUACGUGUACCACAGGAUAAAGUAUACAAACUGUACAAAGCCUUGAAAGCAUAUGAUGACAUAUUAAACAGACCAACUAACAAGAUUAGUUAUAGAAUGGCAGAAGGUGACAUGGUAACGUUUGAUAAUCUCCGCGUCUUACAUGGACGUGGGGAAUUUGAACUUGGUGUAUCAGGAGAGCGACACCUGGAUUGCGGUUUUGUUGACUGGGAUUGCAUCAACUCCAAAAUACGAGUGCUGAGAGAACAAUUGGGAAUGUCAUUCCAUGAAUACUGAACCAUAGUUAAAGCACUAUUAUCACGUCGUUUUCGACAUAAUACUCUAAAUUCAAAUAAUCGCCAAAAAUGACGCUUCGAUUGUACCAUUAUACACAGUUUUUAUUCAGUCGAUCAAACACC